AUGUCUGCCCCCGCCCAGAAGUUCAAGGUCGCCGACAUCUCGCUGGCUGCCUUUGGCCGCCGCGAGAUCGAGCUCGCUGAGAUUGAGAUGCCCGGUCUCAUGGCCAUCCGUACCCGGUACGCUGCCGAUCAGCCCCUGAAGGGUGCUCGUAUCGCCGGUUGCCUGCACAUGACCAUCCAGACUGCUGUCCUGAUCGAGACCCUGACUGCUCUCGGUGCCGAGGUCACCUGGACCAGCUGCAACAUCUUCUCGACCCAGGAUCAUGCUGCCGCAGCCAUUGCCGCUUCGGGUGUCCCCGUCUUCGCCUGGAAGGGUGAGACCGAGGAGGAGUACAACUGGUGCCUGGAGCAGCAGUUGCAGGCCUUCGCCAACGGCCAGAAGCUCAACCUCAUCCUCGACGACGGUGGUGAUCUGACCUCGCUCGUCCACCAGAAGUACCCGGAGAUGCUCCAGGGCUGCUACGGUCUUUCCGAGGAGACCACCACCGGUGUCCAUCACCUGUACCGCAUGCUCAAGGAGGGCAAGCUGCUGGUGCCCGCCAUCAACGUCAACGACUCGGUCACCAAGUCCAAGUUCGACAACCUGUACGGCUGCCGUGAGUCGCUCAUCGACGGCAUCAAGCGUGCGACCGACGUCAUGAUCGCCGGUAAGAUCGCCGUUGUCGCCGGUUACGGUGAUGUCGGCAAGGGCUGCGCCCAGGCUCUGCACAGCAUGGGUGCCCGCGUCCUGGUCACCGAGAUCGACCCCAUCAACGCCCUCCAGGCCGCCGUCCAGGGCUACGAGGUCGUCACCAUGGAGGAGGCCGCCCCUCUGGGCCAGAUCUUCGUCACCACCACCGGCUGCCGUGACAUCCUGGUCGGCCGCCACUUCGAGGUGAUGCGCAACGACGCCAUCGUCUGCAACAUCGGCCACUUCGAUAUCGAGAUCGACGUCGCCUGGCUCAAGGCCAACGCCAAGUCGGUGCAGAACAUCAAGCCCCAGGUCGACCGCUUCCUCAUGCCCAGCGGCCGCAACAUCAUCCUCCUCGCCGAGGGCCGCCUGGUCAACCUGGGCUGUGCCACCGGUCACUCCUCCUUCGUCAUGUCCUGCUCCUUCUCCAACCAGGUCCUGGCCCAGAUCGCCCUCUUCAAGGCUGAGGACGCCGCCUUUGGCAGCAAGUACGUCGAGUUCGGCUCCACCGGCAAGAAGCCCAUCGGCGUCUUCGUCCUGCCCAAGGUCCUCGACGAGCAGGUCGCCCUGCUCCACCUCGAGCACGUCAACGCCAAGCUCACCAAGCUUACCCCGGUCCAGGCCGACUACCUGUCUCUGGGUGUCGCCGGUCCUUACAAGGCCGAGCAGUAA